AUGGGAGGAAGAGUGGAGCUGCUGGAGGUCUGCUGUCUGCUGCUGCUGCUGAGCGGACACUCACUCUGCAGAGACUCUCAGCAGACUGAACACCUCUCCUCCUAUGAGCUGACGGUCCCUCGAGCCGUGGGGGGCAGGCUGAGGCGGGACCUGGACGGUCGACUGCCCAAUCAGGUGUCUUAUGUCAUCACAGUGGAGGGAAACGAUCAUAUGGUCCAUCUGGAGAGGAACGAACUGCUGCUCCCUGCAGACUUCACUGUGUUCUCCUACAGUCAGAACGGAUCACUGACCACAACCAGACCACCUGUGCAGAACCACUGUCACUAUCGGGGCUUCGUUCAGGACAUGGAGGGUUCCUCUGUCGCUAUGAGCAUCUGCAACGGCCUCAGAGGAGUGUUACAUCUCGCUGAUGACAGUUACGGUAUCGAGCCGCUAGACUCCGCCCCUGAUCAACACCUGGUGUACCGCCUGCAGGAUGUGACAUCACAGCCACGGGGGUGUGGAACGCCACACGGCGACCACACCCACAGCAACGCCACAGAGCAUGCUCAGUACGGAGCAGAGGAAAUCCACCACAGACAGCACAGCAGAGUGAAGCGAGCUAUUCUUCAUAAGACUCACUAUGUGGAGCUGCUGCUGGUGGUCGCCAACGACAGGUACAACUACAUGAACAGAAACGAGACCGCAGUGAGAGAGGAGAUGGUUCAACUGGCCAACUUCAUAGACAGCAUCUACAUGCAGCUGAACGUCCGGGUGGUCCUGGUUGGUCUGGAGAUCUGGACUCAGCAGAACCUGAUCAACACAGAGGGAGGGGCUGGAGAGGUUCUGAGUCGCUUCACCCAGUGGAGAGAGAGAGAGCUGGUUCCUCGCCGCCGCCAUGACUCCGCCCAGCUCAUCCUGAAGCGGAGUUUUGGAGUGACAGCUGGGAUGGCGUUCGUCUCCACCGUCUGCUCUAGGAGUCACGGAGGCGGAAUCAACGCGUUCACCAACAACAAUGUUCCCUCGUUCGCUUCCAUCGUGGCUCACGAGCUCGGUCACAACCUGGGGAUGAACCACGAUGACGGACGCUCCUGCACCUGCCCCGUGUCCGCCUGCAUCAUGAACUCUGGAGCCACGGGGUCCAGGAACUUCAGCAGCUGUAGUGCUGAAGACUUUGAGAAGAUGAUCUUGUUGACAGGGGGGACGUGUCUCCUGAACGUCCCCCGGCCUGACGAGGCCUACAGCGCCCCCUACUGUGGGAACAGACUGGUGGACGUGGGAGAGGAGUGUGACUGUGGAUCCCAGAGGGAGUGUGAGGAGGACCCCUGCUGUGAGUAUCAGACCUGUAAACUGAAGUCUGGAGCUCAGUGUGCUUAUGGAGAGUGCUGCUACAAGUGUCAGUACCAACCAGGAGGAACGUUGUGUCGCUCCAGUACAGAUGAGUGUGAUUUACCAGAGUACUGCAACGGCUCCUCCUCCUUCUGUCAGGGCGACGUCUUUGCCCAGAACGGGCAGCCCUGCAGGAACCAGCAGGCCUACUGUUACAACGGGAAGUGUCAGCACUACGACGGGCAGUGUCAGGCCAUAUUUGGAUCCAAGGCGAAGGCUGCUCCUGAAAUCUGCUUUAAAGACGUCAACAGUAAAGGCGAUCGCUUCGGCAACUGUGGCUACCAGAACUACGGCUACAAGAAGUGUGAGAGCAGAAACGCUCUGUGUGGGAAGCUGCAGUGCUCCAACGUUCAGGCAGUAACGGUUUUUGGCAUCGAACCGUCGAUCAUCAGCACGCCGAUCGCCGGCGCCAAAUGUUACGGAGUGGACUUCAUGCUGGGAUCAGACGUCCCCGACCCAGGCAUGGUGAACGAGGGGACCAAGUGUGGGGACAACAAGGUGUGUAUGAACUUUGAGUGCCGCAGCGCCGACGUCCUGAGCUACAACUGUGACGUGGAGAAGAAAUGUCACGGACACGGGGUGUGUAACAGCAACAGGAACUGUCACUGUGAGGACGGCUGGGCUCCGCCUUUCUGUGAGGUCAAAGGUUACGGAGGCAGCAUGGACAGCGGACCCACGUGGAACGAUAAAGACACGUCUCUCAGAGACGGUCUGUUGGUCUUCUUCUUCCUCGUCCUCCCUCUGCUCGCUCUGGGUGCGCUUGUUUUCCUGCGCAGGAACGAGCUGCUGCGACGACUCGGGCUGAGCCGCAGGAAGAGGUCGCAGGGAUACCAAGCCGAUGGUGCAGCUACAGCCAAUCCCAGCAGGGGACCUCCUCCCAGAGCGCAGCCUCCAUCUGUUGCCCGGGGCAACGCCAACAACAUCGUCAGAGACGGGCACCACGCUCAGCUGCUGCCACCACAGGAGGUGGUGGAGACCAGCAGGACUGCUCCCCCCCACACUCUGAGGCCUCCUCCUCCUCCUCUAAAACCAAAACCUUCUGCUGCAUCACAGCCGCUGGUGCCUCAAAGACCCGCCCCUGCACCACCUGUUUAACCAUUCAGGGCGCCCCGCCUACCACACCUGGAUGACACUCUCUCUUCUCCUCCUCUUCUUCUUCUUCAACCUCAGUCCCUGUCCCCGCAGAGCUGGUUACCUAGCAACAGCCAGGAAACAAUUUGGGAGCCAAGAUGGCAGCCCUGAAAUCAGCUAGGGGUCAGACUAUGAACUGGACCAUCAGGAAACUGGAUCCAGGUAGACUGGACUGGGAAUUUACCAGAACAAACAGGAAGCAGCUACUGUCCUCUACAGCCUGUCUUUACUCUGUUUCUUUAUUUAAAGUUUAAAACUUGUCGUUGUCAGUUGAAAUGUCGUCUGUCAUCAAGCCAGCCAAUCACAUUUCCAAACGGUCACCUGUGACAUCAAUAAGCCAAAUACAGAAUGAACUUGUUAGCAGCCAAAAAUGUAUUAAUUACCAUCAACAUUUUAUUUUCCUGCAGUAAAAAAGCUGUUUGUAAUUCAGUCCUCUACCUAACACCUAACUCUAGCUAACACACAUUUGCUCAGUAACAGAGGAGGGAUGCUAUGGUUGUGUCCAAAAUCACUCACUCAUUCUCUCCUCCCUCCUCACCAUCUAGGGAGUCAAUGUAGAGGACUAUAAACUGAGCUCAUCGGUAAAAUAAAAAAAGCACUCUCGGACACUCGGGUCUCUGCACCGUUUAGGGUUAGGUCAAUUUUGUACUCUUAAAAAAAAAAAAGUGGCUAUAACUCACUCCACAAACUUUGUUACUAAUAAACCAGUGUUAGCCAAUUUGGACUGGUUAGCUAACUAACCUUUACUAGCUAAUGAGCAGGUUUACAAGAUUAUGAACAAGUACUACGCAGCUACAAUGCAUCCCACAUUUCACAUCACUGUUGUUAGCAUUAUAAAAUAUUGAGAAGUUAGCUUGUUAGCUUUGUCCCCAUUAUUGAAAUUUUGCAAUUAUGUUAUUAAAAGUUGUGCUGCUAAACUGAGGUUAGGUAGUUAGUGAGCUGGCUAACUACUAGCUAGCAAUCUAACAGCACUACCAAGUUUAUGAAUAUUCCCUAUAGAGUUAGUUAGCCAUCUUGCUAACGAACGUUUGCUAGCUAAGAGCAAGCGUAAAAAUGUCAUCAUACUACAUGAUUUGGAAAUUAACUGCCAAAAUAGUUAAUUGUCACUGUACACUUGUCUAUAGUGACCACUGUGUAGUGAAUACACUAUAAAGAAUUCACUUUAUCGACCAUUAACUUUUUUGGCUGUUAAUAAAUGUAAUUUUAGUGUAAUUUUCGUGACAUAUCAGUUGACAGUUCACAAUGCUGCAGCUCUUAGCUACUGAUGCUACCACGUUGCUACGUUAAUCGUCGUACUUUAGCAUCAAACAUAAUCAGUUUUCAGUUAUAACUUGAAACAUUUGAAUGUUUCCGACUUAUUGCUUCAAAACUGAGAACCCGGCGAAAAAGGUUCUAAAGGUUAUCAUGCUAAAUACAUGAUAUCAUGCUAACUCAUGCUAAGUAGGGAUACAAAUCAAAGCGCUUCACUCUGAUUGGCUGGUUUGAAGACAGAUUAUUGUUACUGGAGGUGACUUUCUUUCUUUCUGUGAAUGAACGCACUGGUGCCGUCUGAUUGCACCUCCCCUCUGCUCAGCACUGUCAUAGGAAUGUAACACACCCCUGCUGCUGCUGCUGUGCAGGUGCGCUUGGUCUCCGCCACCUGGCUCGCCCCGGCGCUGUCUCUCCCUCUAAAAUUGUAAAAUUACAGUAUGCAACAGCGUCUGAGUGCAGAGCUCCUCUGGGUUUCAGUUCCUCUCUUCUGGACCUGAAUCUGGAUCUGGAUCUGGAUCUGUGUGGUACGUGGAUGUUUGUGACUGCUGGCUGGUGUUUCUUCAGGGAAUGUACGCUCACCUCAUUUAGUUUUAUCACCAAGCAAACCUCACCUGACACUUCACACUUCAACACCGUUAAAUCUGAUC